AUGAUAACAACCUGUUUGUAUAAAUCCUUCAUUUUGUUGAUUCUUAUACAUGAUAUUUGUACAAAACCACAUCUAGAUGCAGUGAGUCGACGUGAUACAGAACAUUUCGCUGAUGAUCCAGAUCGACAUGAUAUUGAAUUUGAUCAUAAUGCUUUUUUAGGCGAAGAGACUGCCAAAGAAUUUGCUCAACUGACACCGAAUGAAAGUGAAGAAAGAUUAAAAAUUAUCAUUCGAAAAAUUGAUAAAGAUAAUGAUGAAAGAAUUACGGAACUUGAAUUAAAAUCUUGGAUUGAAUAUGUAGCUAAGAAAUCUAAACAAAAUAGUACUGAUCGUCAAUGGAACGAUAUAAAUCCAACUAAUCAACCAUUAAUCAAGUGGACAGAAUAUCUUGAGAGAACGUACGGACCAGAAGAAGAACGACUAAAAGAUACAGCUACAUCUGAAUCAUAUAAAGAAGCUGUGCAUCAUGAUCGACGACGAUGGGUUUCUGCUGACUUGGACAAAGAUGAUAGUUUAAACAAAGCAGAAUUCACUGAUUUUGUACAUCCUGAAGAUAGGCCAAAUAUGCGUGAUGCUGUUAUAGAUGAACUACUUGAAUCUGUGGAUAAGGACAAAGAUGGUUAUGUAUCUGAAAAAGAAUAUCUAGGAGAUUUAGCUCGUGCUUAUCAAAAUACACCAUUUGAUGAGAAUGAACCUGAAGCAGAAUGGGUUGAACGUGAACGUAGUCAAUUUCGUCGGUUUAGAGAUACAAAUCAAGACGGUAAAAUGGAUAGAGCAGAAGUUGGCGAAUGGAUAAUGCCAUCGAAUUAUGAUCCAAUAGAUGCUGAAACGAAACAUUUGUUUUAUCAUGCUGAUACUAAUAAAGACGGAUUAUUAACAGAAGCAGAAAUUAUUGCUAAACGAGAUACCUUUGUCAGCAGUCAGGCGACAAAUUAUGGAAAUGCACUGCAACAACAUGAAGAACUGUAA